AGACUGGCCAAGGCAGACCUGUUACACUUGCCUGAGUUAGGCAUUGUUUGCCAUGCCACUAAACCUGCCGUCAAGUGAAACCUUCAUUGGGGAAAUGAGAUCGGAGUCUGAACCGCAGAAGAUGGACGCCCUGUCUCUGUUUUUUAUUGUUUUACUUUAAUUUCAUUUCUUUUUCUUUAUUUUGUCCCUUUUUUUUGUUUUUGUUUUUGUUUUUGUUUUUGUUUUGUUAAAUCUCUUUCACUUUAACUUGUGAGCUGGUUUUCCAGUUCUUUGUAAAUGGUAUUCCAUUAAGGGUUCAUAACAUUGCUUUGCAGAUUAUAUUGGGAGAUGAUUAGCAGAGCUCAAGCUUACGAUAAAGUAAAUUUUCAUAGUAAACUAGGAUACAGUGUUGUGAAGCUCAGUGAGUCUUAAUUGGUAUUAUAGACUGCACAGGUACAUUUUGUUCUCAAAACACUAAAACACUGGUAGAAUUGUUAGGAACAUUUUGUGAUCUCAUUGCAACAUUUUUGCAGUUUUUCUCCCAAAUCUACAUCUUUCAUAAAAACCAACUGAUAGCUUUUAAUUUUCAUCCUUCCCCCUAGAAUUUUAAGCAUACAAAAUCCUCAAGGAAAAUAAGUAAAUUUCUUAGAAAAUAACUUACUUCCUUGACUUAUAAAGACUUUUACUUGCUUGCAUGGGGAAUGGAUAUUUGAGAAGCUUGAAAAGUUACUUUCAUGUAUGUUUCUCUGCUUGAAUUUUUUGAAAAAUUUUCAUACGUUACCAGCUUCUAAAUGGAAUCUGAGGAUUAGGAUUAGUACUUAAUUUUAAUACCGUGAGAGCUCUUUUUCCUCUCAGUUGUCUUUGAGGAGUAUAGUUUGGGAAAAAUGCUAAAUGCUUGUUUGCUUUAUACUUUUAUAUACUCUGAUAGUAUUUGGAAGGUAAUUUUGAUAGAAUUCUGUCUUGGAAGUUAAGCAAUGGGACUUUUUUCUUCAAGGAUCUUUAAUGGUAAUUAGAAUUAAAACAUGUGCCUAUUUAUGGUUAGACUUAAUAUUUAUAGUAGUUUAUUACUACUGUGAUAGGCAGGGAGAGUCAGACAACCUAUUGAUAAGUGAGUCUUUGUAAUAUUAAGUAUUCAACUUUUAGCCUGUGUUGAAUACGUUGUGUAGUUUUACUACACUGUCUUGUAGACACUUAUGCUUAUUUAAUUGACAAGUAAUUCUAAAUUGGGAACAUUAACAGAUUGAAACUGUUUAUUUGAUUUUUGGGUGCACACAUUAGGGUAAUGAAGCAUAAGAUUUACACUGUGGAACCUCAAUUGAUUUAUCAAGAUGUGUUCAGGUUUUAUAAGCAUUUGAAAAAUAAUACGUAAAACGGGUCCGGUAGUAAUAUAAAUAGCUUAGUAUAUAUGUGGGUAUACAGAUACGUGUAUUAAUACCAAUAACAUAAAAUAAAUUCUUGUUAUUUCAUGUCUUCAGUAAGGCCUACCUACAUUUUAUUUAUAUUUAUGCAUGUUUAAAAAAUUCUUUGCUUGUGCAGAAUUUACAUGAAAUAAAAAGAUAACUGUUUUUGAAGUUAGUACAUUAAUGGAGACUUAGAUGUUGCAAAAUUUAGGGAAAAGGCGUUUGUUAAAGCUAAUCAAAUGUAAUUUUUCUGUUAUAACAAAGGUGUAACCAUUAUUUAAAGCAAAAUUUAAAAGCUGUCUUGAAUUCCAUCCAUGUUUAGAGGUAUAUGCAGAUAAUAUUGUUUAGAGAUUUAUCCUGCACAUCUGGUUGUUUUAAAUAGAAUUUCUUCCUCUAAAAUCCAGCAUGGUGCUUUUGAAACGUACUCCAUAUGCUAUUUCCAAUUUAGUGUGACUUUGUACACUGUGUUUUAAAUUAUUUUUGAAGACUCCAUAAUGGAAGUGUAUAGCCAACUACCACAUAAUUAUAAGUAGUUCUUCUAAAAUUGAUAUCUGUAGUCAGCUUUUUAAGAACUAUUUUAGUGGGGGUGGUAAGAGAGAGGACACAAUGGGAAAACGUGUGAAAGUUGCAGUUCUUAUCAAAAUUAAUUGGUUAGAAUUUAAUAGUUAAAUACAGCAAAUUGAACUUAUUUUAGAGUAGAUUUUUCAUUAAUUGUAGGGAUUUUUUUCUUAGUGUCUAAGAAUAUUUUAGUGUUUUUGUUGUUAUUUUUAUUAGGCAGUUAAGAUACUUACAAGCAAGACAUUUAGGCAUUAACCACCCCUCUUCAGACAAGGAUACAUAAAUUGGUUCUAAAAGUCAGGAGUUUAAGAAGUUUCCUGAGACUAGGGAACUUUUAUUGUUAGGAAUUCUCAAAAAUUUUAAGUUUCCCAAGGCAUAUUCUUUGAAAUUGGAUUCUUCUGGCGUCUCUGACCUAGUUGGUGAGAUGUCUUCUUAACUGGAUGGGUGUAGGCUUCCUUUUAAAUUGAAGCUGAUUGCUUGCAGUAGGCUUUUGUUUUUUUCUGUCUACUUGAAAGUGAAUGGAAUUUAUUGGGAGGUUAUUAAAAUUGUUUGCAUCACCAGUAGGUAGGUUUAGUAACCAGGAUAGGGGCACCCAUUAAGGAACAAAUUUCAAUUCGCACAUAUUUGUUUUUCCUUUUCUUUUUUUUGACUAAUUUGGUUAUUUGCCAUUUCUGGGGAUUAAACUUUAAAAAAUGUUCUUCUUUUCUGUAUCUGAUGUUCUGUGUGCUAUUAGUGAUGCAGCCAACACGAACGGUUGUCAUGUGUAACACAACUUUCGAUCACCGCGAAAACACCGUCCUGGGAAAGCGUCCAUGCUUGAUAUCGUUUGGUUCAUGAACAUUAAGUUUCCAGUACAGGUAAAAUUCCAGAGGAAUCCAAAGCUCUCUCUUUAUUGGCUCCUGCUCCAACCAUGACAAGUCUCAUGCCUGGUGCAGGCUUGCUUCCCAUUCCGACCCCAAAUCCCUUGACUACAUUGGGUGUUUCCCUUAGCAGUUUGGGAGCUAUACCAGCAGCAGCACUAGACCCCAACAUUGCAACACUUGGAGAGAUACCACAGCCACCGCUUAUGGGAAAUGUGGAUCCUUCCAAAAUUGAUGAAAUUAGGAGAACAGUCUACGUUGGCAAUUUGAAUUCCCAGACAACGACAGCUGAUCAACUUCUUGAAUUUUUUAAACAAGUUGGAGAAGUGAAGUUUGUGCGGAUGGCAGGUGAUGAGACUCAGCCAACUCGGUUUGCUUUUGUGGAAUUUGCAGACCAAAAUUCUGUACCAAGGGCCCUUGCUUUUAAUGGAGUUAUGUUUGGAGACAGGCCACUGAAAAUUAAUCACUCCAACAAUGCAAUAGUAAAACCCCCUGAGAUGACACCUCAGGCUGCAGCUAAGGAGUUAGAAGAAGUAAUGAAGCGAGUGCGAGAGGCUCAGUCAUUUAUCUCAGCAGCCAUUGAACCAGAGUCUGGAAAGAGCAAUGAAAGAAAAGGCGGUCGAUCUCGUUCCCACACUCGCUCAAAAUCCAGGUCUAGUUCAAAAUCCCAUUCUAGACGAAAAAGAUCACAGUCAAAACACAGGAGUAGAUCCCAUAAUAGAUCACGUUCAAGACAAAAAGAUAGACGUAGGUCUAAGAGCCCACAUAAAAAGCGCUCUAAAUCAAGGGAGAGACGGAAGUCACGGAGUCGUUCACGUUCACGGGACAAGAGAAAAGACACCCGAGAAAAGAUCAAGGAAAAGGAAAGAGUGAAAGAAAAAGAUAGAGAAAAGGAAAGGGAAAAAGAGAGAGACAGGGAGAAGGAACGUGAAAAAGAAAAGGAACGGGGUAAAAACAAAGAUAAAGACCGGGAAAAGGACCGGGAUAAAGACAAGGAAAAAGACAGAGAGAGAGAGCGGGAAAAAGAGCAUGAAAAGGAGCGAGACAAGGAAAAGGAAAAGGAGCAGGACAAAGAAAAGGAACGGGACAAGGACAGAUCCAAAGAGAUAGAUGAGAAAAGAAAGAAGGAUAAAAAAUCCAGAACACCACCCAGAAGUUACAAUGCAUCAAGAAGAUCUCGUAGUUCCAGCAGGGAAAGGCGUAGGAGGAGAAGCAGGAGUUCUUCCAGAUCACCAAGAACAUCAAAAACUGUAAAAAGGAAAUCUUCUAGGUCUCCAUCCCCUAGGGGCAGAAAUAAGAAGGAUAAAAAGAGAGAAAAAGAAAGGGACCACAUCAGUGAAAGAAGAGAGAGAGAACGUUCAACCUCUACAAGAAAGAGUUCUAAUGACCGAGAUGGAAAGGAAAAGUUGGAGAAGAAUAAUACUUCACUUAAAGAGAAGGAACACAAUAAAGAACCAGAUUCAAGUGUGGGCAAAGAAGUAGAUGACAAGGAUGCACCAAGGACUGAGGAAAACAAAGUCCAGCAAAAUGGGAAUUGUCAGCCAAAUGAAGAAAGCCUCUCUACCAAAACAGAAGCAGUGUAGGACUGACAGAUGCACCUCUAAACACACGCUGGAAUAAAAUCCAAAGCUAUUAAUUCUUCCAACAAGAUGUUAUACAGUGAAGAAAUCCAGUUGAGUAUGAAGAUAUGAACUAACAGCUUUUCUAGUUGUUAGGUGACUUUGUGGCCAUCUUGUUACUGAGUAAGAAAAUAAAGCAUGGACAUCGUGAAAAUAACAGGUGUUACCCAAACUCCUCAUCUUCUAGAAUUUGUGCAUUUCCAUGGUGGCUGACACACUUGUCAUGUGGUUUGUUAGUGUUUGCCAAGAACCAUUGCAAAUAAAUGGGACGUCAAAGAUCCAAAUUUGUACUGUCCACAGAGACUGGAGAUAAGCAUUGGAGGCUCUUUUAAAAAAUGGUUGUUACUGAAUUUUGUAUUGUUUUACUUUUUUUUUUUUUUUUUUUUUAAUUUCAGUAUAUACAGAUUUGAUGAUGUGCUUGAAAUCGGUGCAAAUAUAUACACACCCUUGUAAGUGCAGAGUAUGUAAGAAGUUUUAACAUUUACUUCACAGGAUUUACAGUGGUUGUGUUAAAUUCUCACUGUUGUGUUUUCUUUUGCUCACUGUUUAGGACAACAGUUUUUUGUUAAAAUAGUUUUACAGACUAAAAUUGCUUAAAUAAGUGGAUUAACAAACAACUGACAAUGCAUGCUACUGUUCUCUUUCAAAAGGAAGAGCAACUGUAUUGAAUACUAAUAAUAAUGGAUUAGUAUUCAGCGUUUAGAAUCAUUGGGUCUCCUCACAAAGUAAGCAUUUCCUUUUGAACUUUUGUUGACAUUUCCAAGCUUAUUAUGAAUAAUAUUGCAGUGUGUGUUGUCAGCUGUAGGUGGCAAAGGUGCCAUUAUAAAAAGAAAACUGGGUUUUCAAAAUGGGCUAUGGGAGCACAAGCUGAAGCUUUAGUGCCUUCUACAAUGUGGUAUACUGUUUUCUAGAAUUUUAUAUGUGCUAGUCAUUCUCAAUUCAUACGGAACUUAGAUGGAUAUUUCAUUCACUCCCAUAGAGAAAGUGUCCAAAAUAGUGUGUCAGAGAAGAGCUUCUUACAUAGCUCACCUAACAUGAGGGAAGUCCUGCUUUUAAGAAUGACUUCAGAGUUUAAAACAACAAUGCAGUUUUGGGACCAUCAGUUUUAUACUGUGAUAAUUGAAUAUGAAGCAUGUUCUUACUUUACUUAAAUCAGAGCGAACACUUUCGUUGUCUCCAUUGGAUGGCCUUAAUUAUUACCUCUUAAUCAUCUUCUCGUAAGUGAUGUGCAGAAAUUAUAUGUAAAAGAGAACACGUGAGAUUAUUUGUUUUAAGGAUAUGUUUACUUGAGUUUAAAAUAUAGGUCAUCCGUUACUCUUAGGCUCACUUUUUGCAGGAAGUAUGCAAGUAGUAAAAUGACAACAUUGCUAAUAUUUUCCCCAAAGCCAUAACUCAUAAUUUCAGAAAUCUUUUCAUUAUUGUUAUAUUCCCCCAAAAGUUAUACCUUUCAAUUAGCAUGUUAUUAAAAAAAAUCAAGUAUAAUUAUUUUAAUGCAAUCUAAUACAAUCAAAUUACUCCGUUGCCUUACCUCAUGGGAAGAGUUACUUAUAGAUUUAAAAAGCUGAGUAGCACAUCAGUUACUUGGUUUCAACUUGAGUUUUCUUUUAAUGUUCAUACUAUUGAAACUUAAGUAUUUGAUAGAAAAUGGAAAGAAUUGCCCUUAUUGCAAGUAAUGAAGCCUGGUUUGAUUAUGAAGCUGCUUAAUUACUCUUCAUGUGUUCAGAAUUACUGUGUUUUUUUUUCCUUUUUGUCACCGUGUACAUUAAAAAUUUUUGAAAAUGCUUUACUAUGUAAAGUAUAGAUGGUCAUUUUAAUCAUUCAACCACAUACGGUUGGCUGGUAAACAGCUUAUUCUGAUACAAGAAUGCUUGGGUGCAUAUGGAAAGAUUGUGAGUGUGUGUCCUGCAUCAACAGCUGUCUUAUUUAUAAUAUGUAGUAGAAUAGAGCAAAUGUUUGAAUCUUUGUUAUUUUUAGUACCAUUUCUCUAAUAAAGCUAAGUAUUUUAGAGGAGAGUAUUUGUUUAUGCAUUUCAAAACAGCAUCUUAGUUUAUCAUGUGUGUCUUGUUUUAGUUGGCAUAGAAAUUGUUUCAACGUGGAGAAAACAUGUUUGUGUGGUGUUUUGAGUUAUUUCUUGUACUCUGGACUCAAUGUUUCCUUUGUUGGCAGUUAAUAUAAUUAGGUUCCUGCUACUAAUUAUUUUUCUUGCUGAUGAUAUUCAGUUAAAAUAAUACUUCUUUUGAAAGACACUGAUUUGUAAAAGGUGGACAUGAAUAGGAAUAUAGGAGAUCCAGAGAGAAUGAAACAUGUUCUUAAAUGUGUUUAUGGAAGCAAAGUUUUCUAGGGUCUGGAGGUAUUGGAGUGAGUGUGUGUGAGAGAGAGAGAUUGAGAGAGAGAGAGGGAGAGGGAGAGAGGGAUAGGUUUUCUUUUCUUUGUUCACUUAUAGGAGCCUGGUAGGUUUCCAUUUAUUUGUUACUUUCUUUCAAGGUAUUUUGUUUUUUCUUUAAGACUAUUCUUUUUCAUCCCAGGUAGAUGUCAGGAAAACUUGAGGUAAGGCCAAGAAGACAGUAAUUUUAUACUUGAUCCCUUUUUUAAUUACGUUUUUUUUUAGCUUGAUUAUACAGAGAGUACAUUCUGUUCCUUAAUUGUGGUUGCUAUUUAUCAUUCUAGACAAAUUCUGUUGAUCCUCCUGUUUCUUUUCGCAGUGCAUGAUGAAUUAUUUAUAUUAAGGUGGACCUUUAUAAUAAAGUGACCAGUUUUAUGUGUGAAAACAAGUAUAAAUCCUUAACUUCUGCAGUUGCCUCUGUAUUAUUUCUCCAUCUAGUCUAAUUUAUAAUUGCAAACACUAGUCAACUUGUGAUUUUGUUUAGAAUUCUUACAUUCAAUAGUUUCAAUCUAUGUCAUGUUGAUCUUCAGAAGUGUCAGAGGCUUAAAUUUUGACAUGCUUAAAAGAAAAAUUCAAGUUUAGAAUCCUUUCUUGUCAAGAAAGUAACUUCAUUUGUGAUAUUAUUUGCAGGACCUCAUUCAUUGCUAUAUAUAUGUUGCUAUCUUUAUCUUAAAACUUUAAAAAGUCUUUAAAUCAGCCCUGAAGAUACUAUUUAAUUUUAAGAAUUACAAUAUGUAGUAAUAGGCCCUUAAUCAUUUAAAAAAAUCUAUUAGAAGUAAUAUGAUUUGAUAAAAUCAUAUUUUUAUGAUUAGUCUUUUUAGUGGUUGACUUAGCUAUUAGUAUGAAUCCUUUUGGAAGGAUGCAUUAAAUAACAUUUCAGUGCAUUAUUUCUUACAUUUUCACUAAAAGAUAGUAUCUGAUUUUAAUGGACUGGGUUAUGAAGUAGAGCCGUGUCCACAAAGUAUGUUCCUUAUAUGUUUAACUAUUUUUUCUUUUCACUACCUACAUACUUAGUAUCCUCACGUUUAUUUAGGUAGUGUAAUAAUUCAUUUAAAAUGGUUUAUUUUCAAAUUUCAAAAGUUAGGGCUCUUAAAAGGGCUAAUUAGAUUUCUGGAAGCAGUAGCAAGUAUAGUGUAAUAUAAAGUCUUUUAAAAUAAAAUUGACUUCCUUACCUAAUUUUGGGUCUGUGGGUGAGUUUUUCUUAAAUAUGCUCUUAUUGGUGAUUUUGCCUGAAGAUUGAUACCUUAUUUUAAAAACAAAAGCUAAAGCUAUUGAUGGUUUUUUGGUCCAUAUUCAGUUAGGUUGGUAGUAAGUAAUAAUUACAUUUUUUUCCAUUCUAUUUUAAGGUAUUUUUGUAUUUCCUAGCAAGUAAUUUAUCAUAAUAAUUAGUUUAUAUCUAAGAUAACAUUUCUUGAUAUAUUGUUUUUAAACACAGGGUUUUAGUUUGUUUCCUGAUUUUUAAAUUAACUUUGUAUGUAGCUAACAUUUUAAUUUUGAAAAUUGCCAACUUGUGGGAAACUUCACAUAUUUUACUGCUAAAAUUUAUUUCCCUGGGAUUGGAAUGGAAUAGUAGUUCUCUCCAUUCUUAACUUUCUUUUGCUAGAUAAUUUCUUGACUCUAUGUGCAAGUUCAAAUUUAUGAAAAUCAUGCUGAAAGAAUUAGAAUUGAAGAGAUGGAGUUCCAUCAACUUGAGGCAGCGUGGUAGGCAACAAAUGGUUGGGGGGGCAAUCUGCAGAACUCCCUGAUUUCCACAGAAGAUUACAUCUGGGUGUAUUGUGUCGUUGUAUAGGUAGUUCAGUUUAAUAGUUAAAUAUUCUUCUUCUUAAUCUUACAAUAGUGUUCUUUACAUGAUGCUAUGGGUUAUCAAGGGAAGAGUUUAACAUGUAAACAUAAGAUGCUGCAUAGGUCGUGUAUAUUUAUGUGAGUAGGGCUACUUCUAAGUGGUACUAGUAAAGAUUUAUCAAAUGAUGCUGCUAUUGUGUUGCUAUAUUUUUAAUAAAAUGAAAAUCUUAAAAUCUCA